UAGCUUCUUUUGUAAAAGGUAAGGCCCCCACAAUGUUUAAGCAAACUCGAAAAAUACAAAAAAAUAAAAAUGGUCGAAAUUGGCCGAUUUCGUAGAGAGUUGCGCAAAGGUAAUCUUCAUCAUUUCAUGUUAACUGGGGCUGUGUUAACUGCUUUCAUUCCCAUUCGCCAUAUUCCAAGAUUCAAACCAGCGCGCUUAAUUUCCUUCACACCAUUCUUCACAUGUUCAUUUGCGUUCACGAAGUCGUCGUCGUCGUCGUCGUUUGAUGCGUAUAAGUCGUUCAUUCCUGAAAGUUUGACGUUCUCCUUCGCGUACGUGAAUCGUAACAUAGUCACUAAAUUUCGGUGGUUCCUGAGCCAGCACCUGAAGCACAUAUCACCUUAAAUCAGUUGCCGAGUUCACGAUCGACGAGGGUAGCUGAAACAAAAUAAACACAGUUUGGUCAACCACAACGAAUGGCUCGUCGUCAGCGCAGCGUGGUUGUGGUUGAUGCGGUGUCGUGCCCGAAGAUUGUGACGGUAGAUAAUGAGAGUGUGUGUAUGUAAAUCGUUCAGCUGGAUCUUGCGACUGUGAUAGCCUAUACACAAUUGAAGCAUUCAGAGUGCACAGCUCGAGUUGACGAGUUUGGUCUAGUGAGAAGAUCCGGUAGAGAUGGCGGAGAGGGCACCUGUAGUACAGAUCAAACCUGGUAGAAUCUCUGGUACAAAACGAACACUUCCGAAUGGAAACAGCUGGUACUGCUACAAAGGUAUUCCGUACGCUGAACCACCGGUGGGUAGUUUAAGGUUCAAACCUCCCGUGCCUUUGGAGAACUUCAGAGGUCAACUGCUGGACUGUAGCAGUGAGCGGAAUGUAAGUCUGAGCAACAGCUACAUCCCGCCUGACUCGGUGGGAUCUGAGGACUGCUUGUUCUUGAACGUGUACACUCCGGUUGGAUCCGGAAAGGGAUCGAUCACUGCCAAGCUACCGGUGAUGGUUUGGAUCCAUGGAGGUGCCUUCUGUAGUGGCAGUGGAGAUUCGUCGAUCUACAACCCGGAAUACCUGGUUCAGGAAGGAGUGGUCGUCGUGACGAUCAACUAUCGGUUGGGACCGUUGGGAUUCCUAUACCUACCCGCCGUUGAUAUCUAUGGUAACAUGGGAUUGAAGGAUCAACGGCUUGCACUGAAAUGGGUUCGAGACAACAUCACUAGCUUUGGAGGCGAUCGUGACAACGUGACUUUGUUUGGCGAGAGUGCAGGUGGUGUCAGUGUGCACUUGCACUGUCUCAGCGAUGAUCCAGUUAAGCACUUCCACAAAGCCAUCUGCCAGUCAGGGGUGGCAACGAGUUCGCUGGUGUUCCAGAAAGACCCGGAGGUCAAAGCACGGAGAUUAGCUCAAUUCAUUGGCUGUCGAGGCAAUACGGAUCAGGAAAUCUUGGAUUUCCUUCACUACAUAUCUGCUGAAGAUAUUGCCUUGAAGCAAAAGGGAGCCCUUACGGAAUAUGAGCAAACUCUAGAUUCCCUCUAUCCUUUCAAACCGGUCAUUGAACCUGCAAACUCUGAAGAUCCAUUCAUAACCGAGCAAAUUCUGAAUCGUCUGAAGACUCCAGGCAGCCUAUCGAUCCCGAUGAUCAUCGGUGUCAACAGUGAGGAAGCGGGAUAUAAAGCUAGUUCACUACUGAACAACUUGGAACGCUACAAAAAGGAACCUGGGAGGUUCAUUCCAGAAUCGCUGGAUGUUCCGGAAGACUUUGUGGCAUCUACCGCUGGAAAGAUACUAAAGUUCUACUGCGCAGCUUCGGAACCAUCAGAAGAAAAAACGCACCAGUUGACCAGGAUAUUUUCGGAUAAUUUCUACGUGAUGCCUGCCUUAGUGGCGUUGGAUAGCCAUAAGCAAUACCAUCCAGACUCACCACUCUUCUUCUACCAGUUCGCUGUGGAAGCAGAACUGAACAAAUUUCGUCAGUUAUGGAAAGUGCCAGACGACUUUCGAGGAGCGUGUCACGCGGACGAUAUCUGCUAUCUGUUCAGCUCGUCUUACUUUUUCACCAAGGCCAUCAAAAAGGGUUGUGUGGCGGAACGGAUGCGAACGGUCAUGUGUCGGAUGUGGACCAACUUUGCCAAGUGUGGCCAUCCGACGCCGGAAGGCUGUGGGUUGGGGUUUACUUGGGAGCAGUAUGAAUCGAAACAGGGUGGCUGCUUGCAGAUCUCACAUGAGGACGUUAAGAUGGUGGAAAAUCCCUUCAAGGAGAGGCUUGAGUUUUGGAAGAAUCUCUACGGUAGAUAUAAUGAAUCAUUUUUAAAGCCAAAGUUGGUGUAGUUUAAAUUUUAAAUUUUAUGUAGAUUGGUGUAUAGAAAAGUUAUACCAUUACAAACCAUGUGAUAUAAUAAAAAAAAAAACAAAAAAGACGUUUUAUUGUAAUUUUAAAGAACACAGCUACUAAUAACUUUUAGAUUUGUCUUGUUAAUAAGAAUAUUACAAUUCCGAAGAACUGAAUACCUUCAAAUCACAAUUUUAUGUUUCAAACCGACCUACUCAAAAUUUAGCUAGAUUUUUGAAACACAAAUAUUCCUCCCUGAGAAUAUUAUUUACUUUUUUUACAUAGUGCUUAUUUGGUUGAGCCGGUGGAAAUGUAAUUUUUGAUUAUGUUUCAACUAAAAUUAUUAAAAUAUUUUUUGUAGGCCCUAUCGCGGAUAGGAUACCUCUUGUGGCAAAAAAGUUUCGAAAUCCGACUUUGCAGAAUCGGGUUUACACGAUUAACAAUAAUAAAUUAAAUAAAUGUUAUCCAAAUUGUUUGCUUUUUUAGGUUUGCGGUUCAGCAGUUUUUGAUUUUUUAAAACUUUGUUCUACUGUUAUUAAACGAAAAAACAUAGAGUCAUACAAAUACAAAAAAAAAAACAACUAAAUAUUUUGUAC